AUGUCUGUUUACAUCUUCGUGGAACUGCAAUCGAUCAGCAGUUUGCCGGAUAUAAUGAACUGUUUGCUCGAAAGAAGUAUUAAAUUCACCGUAUCGAAGGAUCGUAGCACACUUUGCGAUCGAUGCAGUGCAAGAGAUGAAAUUGUACAACAAUCCGCUACUAACUAUCUUCAAUCGUUACCUCAUAUCUCAUCACCAUCAUCCGCAUCAAUCGAACUUAUCGACGCGUAUCCACGAUCUGAAAGUGUGGACAGUGAGCCGAGUGAUAACGUGAAAGUGGAAGGAUCGUCACCAUUAUUUCCUGACACAACUCCUCUAAAGGAUGAAAUGGAGGAAGUGGAUCUGGUCGCUUGCGGUUCGGAACUGCUGCAGCAGGUGUCCGCAAAUUUCUCCUCCUAUCAGGAAAAGCUCAAAACGAGCUUUACUGAUUCAGAAUCUGCACUAAUACGAGAGAAAGGAGCUGGAAGUGCUCCAAAACAAUGUCAGCUUUGUGGACACUGGAUUACGGCGAAAAAUGUACGAGCUCAUGUCGCAACUCAUCUCACCAUUAGAAGGCUUCGAUGCACUCUUUGUGGACAAGGAUUUGACCGAAUGAACCGUGCCUCUAUACAUAUCGAUAAAUGUCAUUCCGGUGAUCCAAUGGCGAAGGUCGAAUCGGCCAUGAACGCUGAGCAACGAAAAGAAAUUGAAAUGCUGGCGAGGAAAUGCUUUCCGCGCAAAAAUCGUUCUUCCACAUCAGAUGAAGUAACCUAG